GCGGCCAGCAGUACGAAGCUAUUGUUCUAGCGCAGUGUUUGGAAUCGAAGUGAAGUCUUUGGCCGUAGUGAGUGACGAUCAACAUGAAUCGUUGGAGAGGAAAGGUGGCCAUCGUGACGGGUGCCAGUUCCGGGAUUGGUGCAGCCGUCGUAAAAGCACUGGCCACUGCUGGUAUGGUCACCGUGGGGUUGGCAAGACGGGUCGAACGUGUUGAGGCAUUGCGCAAGGAUCUUCCACCGGAAGCCGCCGGUCGGUUGCACUCCCUACCGUGCGAUGUGACGCGGGAAGAGUCGAUCCUGUCGGCGUUCGCCACGGUGCAGCAAAUGUUCGAUGGUGUCGAUGUGCUGAUCAACAACGCCGGUAUAUCGCGUCAAUCGGUAACGCUGGUAACCCCGGGAAAUACGGAGGAUCUGCGUGCCGUGCUGGAUACGAACGUUCUUGGGCUAGUGCUGUGUGCUCGGGAAGCGUUCAAUUCGAUGCGUGCCCGUGGAGUUGAUGGGCACAUCAUCAACGUGAACAGCAUCCUCGGUCACAAGUAUGUACCUUUCCCGAACCUCAACCUGUACGGUGCGUCCAAGUAUGCCGUGACGGCCAUUACGGAAACGCUCCGGAAUGAUUUCCGCAACGCAAACACCCGCGUUAAGGUGACGAGCAUCAGCCCGGGCAUUGUGCGCACGGAGAUGCUACCGGAGGGGGAUCAGUUCAGUGGCGCGACGCCCAUGCUGGAGGCGGAAGAUGUAGCGAAUGCCAUCCUGUAUGCCCUCGGUACACCGCCACAUGUGCAGGUGCACGAGCUCAUCAUUAAACCAGUGGGCGAACUGGUCUAGAGUGGUGUGGAUAGUAUAUUCAAUAAAAUGCUUCGAACAUCGAAUUCAAACCAAAAACCUGAACUACUUUGCUUU